ACGGAACCUCCACAGAGUACUCCGGAAAAUCGAGAGGACACUGCAGAAAUAAUGUUUGAAACGUUCAAUGUCCCAGGUCUUUUCAUUGCUGAGCAGGCACUGCUAGCUUUGGCUGCUAGCUGGUAUUCUCGAGCUGGAAAUGAACGUACGUUAACUGGACUGGAGUUUGUAAAGUAUGACACUGAUGGGGCGAAAUGGCUGAAAACCUAUCACGGGGUCAACAAUAUCACUAAAAAGGAGUUUACAUUAGAUGUAGGAUACGAACGAUUUCUUGGUCCGGAAAUCUUCUUUCAUCCUGAGGAUUUCGCCCGUAAUCUUCAACGAGAUAUCAAGCGUAUCAGCGAGUACAGAUUGGCAAUAAGCGAAGUACUUAGUGGAGGAAAACUAAAGGUUGCUUUUGCCUCUUUUCAUUGGCCUUGA